CAACGGCCAACCCGACGCCACGGCUACCUCACCCAGUCACCCGGCCAGCCAAACCUGCCCACGCCGUCGGGGGAGUCCCGCCCCAUGCCGCGCGGCGCGCGUCAGCCUGCCUCGGCCGCCGCGUUCGUCGACCCGUCAAUCAGCCCCACGCCGGCACUGAUCCCGGCGCGGUUUUUUUUUUUUUGUCCCGUGCCGCCCGCCGCCUUCGACGACGCCACCGCGAGAGGGGAUGGUGCCGUCCACGGCUUGCUCUCUUCCCCAUGGCCUCUCGCUCGGGUUCAGCCGAUCCUAUAACAGCCGCUUACUGCGUCUCUCGCGCACCGGCCUCGGCGCCGCCUGUUCUUCUCCGAGCGGAAGCGAGAGCCCGUCAGGACUGAAAUCUGCCGGAAACCUGUAUCUUUAUCCAUUAUCAAGGGGAAGUACUGUUGUGUGUUCAGUGAUGGGUACACCCAAAAGCAAGCAAGAACCAGACCAUCUCCUUGUUCUUGUCCAUGGUAUCAUGGCAAGCCCCAAAGACUGGACAUAUGGGGAAGCAGUUCUGAAGAGGCGGUUGGGUGAUAAUUUUUUCAUAUAUGCUAGUUCAUCGAACAACUACACCAAAACCUUUGAUGGGAUUGAUAUUGCAGGAAGAAGGUUAGCAAAUGAAGUCUUGGAUGUGGUUAACAAGAUGCCCACUUUGAGAAAGAUUUCCUUUCUAGCACAUUCUUUGGGUGGUUUGUUUGCUAGAUAUGCUAUUGCAGUACUCCACUCAGUGGAAACAAAGAACGCAGGACAAAGUAGUGCACUUAUUGUUCCUACAACAAAAGGGCCACCAAAAUCAAGAUGGACUUCAGGAUUAGGUUCAAUUGCUGGAUUACAGCCAAUUAAUUUUAUUACCUUAGCAACCCCACACCUUGGGGUUAGAGGGAGAAAUCAGCUUCCGUUUCUUCAAGGUCUAUCAAUUCUAGAAAAACUUGCCGCACCUUUGGCUCCUUUAAUUGUUGGGCGUACUGGUGCUCAACUGUUUCUCACUGAUGGUGAUCCUAGCAAGCCACCUCUCCUGUUACAAAUGGCAUCUGACUGUGAUGACAAAAAGUACAUAUUAGCUUUAGCAGCUUUUAAGAACCGUGUCCUGUAUGCGAACGUUUCAUAUGACCACAUGGUCGGCUGGCGAACAUCUUCAUUAAGGAGAGAAAAAGAUCUUAUAAAGCCCUUGCAUCGUUCACUGGAUGGCUAUAAGCACAUUGUGAAUGUUGAAUACUGUUCACCCGUAUCAUCAGAGGGCCCUCAUUUUCCUUCCAAGGCUGCCAGAGCUAAAGAAGCUGCACAGCGAACGCCAAACAGGGAAAAUACCGAAGGAUACCACCAAAUGAUGGAGGAGGAGAUGAUCCAUGGCUUGCAGAAGGUUGGUUGGAAGAAGGUGGACGUCAACUUCCAUUCAUCAUUCUGGCCUUACUCUGCUCACAACAACAUACAUGUAAAGAACGAGUGGCUUCACAAUGCUGGUGCUGGUGUUAUCGCGCACGUUGCAGACAGCAUCAAGCAGCAGGAGUCACGGGCAUGUCUUCCUGCCAAUCUAUAGCAGUAGCAUUUAGCAACCCGUUUGCUUAAUUUUUCUGUGGCUAGCAAAUAAACCGAUGCCAAAUUCUGAUCGUCAUCAUUCACUGAGCAACGAAAUAUUUGGGACCGAGACAGAAUAAGCCGCGUAUGUCGGCUUCAAUAAGUUUUACCGUGCUUGAUGUGAAUUGUCAAAUGGCUUGUGUUUCCUCA